UGUCUCUCCUGGCUUCACGGGCUAUGCAAGCUUCAAAGUAAGAGGUUAUACUCGUGAAAUCAAUCCGAACAAUAUUUACUAUCAUAGAAAACUAAAACCGAAUUGUGGAUGUUAUUCACCAGGAUAUAAAUGUCAUAGGUAAAAAAGUAUGAUAUUAUUCUGCAAAACCUGUGGCAAUGUCCUCAAGGUAGAAGAAGGCUCUUCAGGUCUCCAAUUUGCGUGUAAUAGCUGUCCCUAUAUAUUUAAAAUUGCUCGCAAAAUAAGUAGUCGAACUUAUCCAAAAUUAAAAGAAUUGGACGACGUAUUGGGUGGAUCAGCAGCUUGGGAAAACGUCGAUUCAACUGAGGAGCGUUGUCCAAAGUGUACGCAUCCACGUGCAUAUUUCAUGCAAAUUCAGACAAGGUCGGCCGACGAGCCUAUGACAACAUUUUAUAAAUGUUGCAACCCACAGUGCGGUCACAAUUGGCGAGAAUAA